UUGGACAGAACUGGUGCUUUAUUGAGCAAUUCUCUCAUUUUGUGCUCCUUUUGAUGGUAUUUUAUCGAUUCUCAUCUCUUAGAGAUCUCGAUCAACACCUUGAUCUCUUAUUUUCACCAUUUUAGCGGGGGUGUGAGGAGUGGUUUUUCUCUCCCAGCACCUCGUGCUGUGUCUCCUUGUCCUCCUUGUCCCUUCCCGUGGGUUUCCUUCCUCUGGGCACAGACCUCCGACCCCCCACCCCUCGGGGCCGUCAGGACGAGUCCCCCCAGCAGUUGUGGGGCUUUGGUUUGGGUACAGGAAGCUCCGAACCCGCUGCCAGUUCACACCAGCCCGGGGGGGCAGCGGCGCUUUGGUUUCCUGUCCCUUCCUCCUGUGACCACUGCGGGUCCCCGGCGCUGAGCGGCGGGACAUGGAGGACCAGGACGGCUACAUGGCCUUAGAGCAGUGGAGGAAACGAGGGGCUGCGGGGAGCCCCCCGUCCUCCCCGGGGGCAGCUGUAGGAUCUGGCUUUCCAGAACCCCGGGGGGUCCCCCCCACAGCCCCCCCCCGCCGUCCCCGCUGCCUCCUCGGGGCCCUCACGGCUGCCCUGGCGCUGUCCCUGGUGCUGUGUGUGUCCUGGUGGGUGGCAGAGAGGGCACAGCCCGAGGCGACCUGGAGGUGGGGGAACACCUCCCUGGGACCCCCCUGUGCCAGCCUGGACGGCACCUUCAGGGAGCUGAGGAGGAUCCUGUGCCCCCUGCGAGAGGCCGAGGGGUGCAGGCUCUGCCCCGUGGGCUGGAUACUGGGCAGGACCAAGUGCUACUGGGUCUCGGAAAGGAUGAACUCGUGGCACGGGAGCCGGGAGGACUGCGGGGCCCGCGGGGCCGCGAUGGCGAUGCCGCGGGACAAGGACGAGCUGGAUUCCCUCAAUGAGACCCUGAGGAAACCCACGCGCCACUUCUGGAUCGGGCUCUCGGUGCCCGCGCCCGGCGUGGGCUGGACGUGGGUGAACGGCUCCCGCCCGGACUGGAGCCGGUGAGGAGCGCUGGGGGGGUCGGGGUGGGCACCCCCCUGUCCCCCGAGGGCCCCCCGGGGGUGACACGGGCCCCCUCCCGCACCCGCAGCUUCCCGCAGGACCUCGGGGAGGGUCGCGGAGCCUGCGGGGCGCUCAAGGGGGACAGGAUCGACCCCCGCGCCUGCGACACGGGGCUGCAGUGGAUCUGCCAGACGGAGUCCGCCCGGAUCUGAGCCUCCAUCGCACCCAAAACCCACCGUUAAUGCGCGAAAAAAUCCCGAUUCCCGCGGGUUCGGCACCCACCGGCGGCUCCCGGGGCACGGGCAGGACCGCGGUCGGGGAAAGUCGGGGGGCGGAGGAGAAAUCGAACUACGAAAAGAAUAAAAACUAAAAAUAACUUGUAAAAUUCACUUUGUGGGGGAGCUGGUUGGGAACAACCUCUCGAUCCCCCCGGUGCCCGAGGGCGGAGCGGACCUGCCUGUCCGUCGGGGCAGCUCUUUUAGGGACGCGGGGCAGGGGACGCUCCCCGGGGCCGCUCGUCCCCCCUCGCAGUGUCCCUCGGUGCCGCCGCGAGUGUCCGUCGGUGCCGCUGUUUCGGUCGCGGGUCUUUUAUUGCCUUCUCUCUUUUUUUUUUUUUUUUUUCCGUUCACACCCCCCAUCUCCCCGCCCCGGGGCGGCCCUUUCGCCGCCGCCGCCCCUCGCCCGCCCCUUGUCGCAGCUCUUCAGUGACAGGGGGUGGGUCCCACGAGCCAAGGCAGGGUCUGUCUGUCUGUCCCUCCGGGCAGCUCCUGCAGCACCGCCGCGGCUCUGCUGUCGCGUUUAAUUCUAUUUUCUAUAUUUUAUUCUCAGCUCCCACCCCGCUCGGCGCAGCCUUUCUGGCCACCCCCGACACCGCCCGUUCAGUGACACCGCCGGGGGACCCCUCGGUGCAGCCUUUUAUUCUAUUUUACUCUAUUUCCUGUCUUUUCUUCUGUUCCCACGCUCGCUGCGGCUCUUUCAGACGCGGGCGGUGGGAACCCCUCGCAGCGAUUUUAACGCUCCUGCGGAGCCAAGAAAUGCCGGGAAACAGUUUCGACGCGCGCAGCUGCUUUUCCUGCCUGUCCCCGGCACAUUUUACAAGCAGUGACACAAAUGGGCUGUGCCAGCGCUCGGUGCCCCUGGGCUCCAAACUGCCGGGGCAGGAGCCGCUGGGCACAAUCCUGAGAUACCUUUCCCCACUCCCCUCAUCACGACUGUUGAGCUUUUCUUCACAGAAACAAUUCCCCGUGGUAAUGAAAGGCUGUAUAACAAGGUCAUAAGUAUUAUUAUGUCAAUAUUUGUGCUUGGUUGGGUGCAUUCUGGUCCAUCUUUUAUGGUAUUUAAAGUGCAGAGCCUCCAUCCCAGACUUAUGAGCAACCACGUGGGACCCCUUCAGCCAAAAACCUCCCCCUGGGUUUCUCAGAUGUCACGAUGGUGGUCGUACAUCCCCAACAGCUUCUCAUUUCUUCUGGCUCCAAACUGUG